GCAGAAGGACGGGUUGCCUACAUACGGACUCAUUACUUCCCAGUUACCAUUGUCAAUUACAAGACAAAAACUCCCACGGUUUAUAAAGGUUUGAACGUAUGCGUACGCACGCAGAGCGCAUCUAAACUCAUCCGCACCGCCCGCGCCAGUGCAAAGUGUUAAGCUAUUAUACAGGAAUUAUUUUAAACGAAUCAUUUUGAAGAGGACAAAAAAGCCUACAGACAUCAGCUCGACUCUUUCACGAAUUACUUAUAACGAUUGCCCUAAUGUCACUGUGCUUCAGGGACUGCUGGUCAUUAUCACAAAUAGAUGACAUAUUAUUAUUACCAAUUCCUAAUAUCGCUGCUAGUCACAGUGGCCACGUAUGCAGCCCCUGAAAACUUAAUAGAGCAAAAGAAAGCCACUCUCGUCCCUAAACAAGUAGAAGCUAACAACGAUCUCAAAACCGCAAGCAGUUCUUAUUCGCAUCAGUACUCAAACUGGGGUGGUAACAACCCCGGCGGUUAUGGAUUUGCUAUCACAGGUGUCGGUACAAUAGACGAUAGGAGAGAUUUUGAUCCAAGUUACAAUACCCUAGGUGGAUAUGAUAGUUCAAUUAAGAACACCGGUUAUGGAAGCAGCGGUUAUGGAGGUAGCGGUUACGGCAUAACAGGCUAUGGUGGCAAUUUAGGAUCCGGAGGAUAUGGUGGGUACAGACAAAGUGGUUAUGGAGCAAGUGGACCUUCGCCUAUCGGUUAUGACACAAGCGGUUUUGGGCCUAGUGGACUAGAUCAUACCAGUGGAUAUAUCAGCAAUACAGGAUACGGUGGUGGCAAUGGAGGCUAUGGGGGAUAUGGUGGAUUUGGCGGAAACGGUGGAUUAACCUCCUACUAUGGUUACGACAAUCCACAAUAUCAAGGUGCCGGACAUCUCGGAUACGGAUACUACAAUAAAAAGCCCGGUUAUGGCAACAUCUACAGCAAUGGAAUCACUCCGAGUUUAGUAACAGGUUAUAGAGGCUAUACGCGUAGGUAAUAAUAAUGCACCUAAGAGCACAUACGCAUUUAGCAGAUUAUACACCUAAAUACUACUUACUAUUCAGUGCAACAUUUUGGACUACGGGCUAUCGAAAGAAGCAAUUAUCGAACUGAAGUUUUAGUUAGGCGAUCUUAUGGGAGCCAUGGUCCAUUGUAGUUGGAUGAAGCAAGUGGCCACAGAACUAUUUAAUGUAGGUCCAGCGAGUUUGCAUCACUGGGUUGACGAUUAGUAACUAUGAUGAUUUCUAUAAUAUAGUCUCGUGCUUGCGAUCAACCGGACAUUACAUUACGGGUAACCGCACAAUGCAUAUGAAGAAUAUAUUUAACUCAAUAGCAUUAUAUUAUGCUAACAAAUAAAUAAGCAAAUUAUUUAUAGACAAUUAAAUAUGUUAAUUUCUUACUUGGUAAAUGAAAUAAAUGUGAUAAAGUGUCUCUAUGAUGAUCAAUAUUUAAAGAAAAAGAUAGCUCGUAGAUUGCAUAAAGUUUUGGUUAUUUUAUAUUUAAUUUUAAAGCAAAUUUGAAAUAUGAACAUUUUUCUAUAUACCUUGUAUGUAUACUACCAUUUUAUUUUGUUAUUGCUAAACCAAAGACUUAAAUGUUUAGU